UCGUAGUUUAGAGUGAAUUAAAAAUCGCUUUGUAAAAGAAAAUAAAUUUGGUUUGAUGGAGCCGACAUGGGACCAUAUUUGGUAUUCUUUAAUUCAAGUACUUUUGCCCCUUUUAUUAGGUCAAGGGUAGGCAGCUAGCCCUGCUCAAAAGGCAAAAAGACCGCUACAAACUCUUUAGAUUUGUCCACAUUUCUUCAACGACUUGACGUGCUUUCGGGUUCAUGGUGAAAGAACAUCUGCUCUUUUAUGGUAGCUUGUUUUAUCUUCAUUUUUAUGGCAUGGAUAUGCAUGUUUGAGAAGCAGCAGGGAGAAAGCGAUGUUGGUGAGGUUCAAUCCGAAGACAGAUUUACACAUCCCCGCUGGCGUAAAUUGAUCUCAGAUUGAGCCGCGCCAAUAUCACUUUCUUAAUUAUUUGUUGCUUAUUCAUAACUAAAUCAAUUGCUUUUCCUCUCUAACUUCAUCAGGUUUUUAUUAACUGAUUUAGGGUUUCUGGACUAGCUGGACUAAUUUAUGUGACUUGUUGCAAGAUAUCGCAUGGUUUAAUGUUAUUCCUGACCGAAUUUAUACUUCUAUUUGUUAGUUAUUAGUCUUUCUUUAUCAACAAAAUAAGAGUGGAAAUUCGAACUUGAAGCAGGAGAGCUAAUCGACGGGUCAUCUACUAGUUCAUAAUUCUGAUUCCAAGCAGUCUUCGAUCUAGAGAGAUCGAUCACAGAUAUGCAAUCUUCCUCCCUCUCUCUUGUGAUUGUUGGUUUAUGGUUCGAAUAUCUGGUUUUACUUUUGAUUGAUUAACAUAGUAUUGAGAAUGAAUCUCACUUGGAUAAGGGACCUUGUACGGGUUUAUAAGUAAGUUGAGUUACUCCCCAUAUUAUUGGCAAUUGAUUUUAUGGUGGAACUCAACUUUCUUCAUGGUAUCAGAGCAGGUUGUCCCAUGUGUGAAGCCAAAUGGCCACACGUGCUCCACGUCACCCCAUUUGGGUUGUUCAGGUGUUAGACUUGAAAAUUUGUCACAUUUGAGGGGGUGUGUUGAAAGUGAAUCUCAUAUCGAUGGGAGGAGGGACAUUGUAUGGGCCAGUAAGUAAGUUAAGCUACUCUCCAUAUUGUCAAUUAGUUUUAUGAUGGAACCUCAACUUUCUGCACAUAGUAACGUACAUUCAACUUCAAAUGUAGUAUUCCCUUAUCAUCUAUACUUAAUGAGAGUUUAUACUAUCAUACUGCUUUCAUGCACAUUUUUGUAACUUACAUUCUUUGAACAAAAAUUAAAUAUAGUCACAGAAGUAAUUUUUUUUAGAGUUCAUUAAAGUGAAAAAUUCCCAUGGUAACUAAUGUCAUAUGUAGAACAAUAUUGUUUUGGGUGAUGCUAAAAGAUCAUCUACUUGAACCAUAUUAUGUGGCGACUGAUGAUUAAAUUUCUUCUCUGAAUCAUCAAAGAAAUAAUCCAAUCAUCAACUACCGCAUCACAUGAUUUACAAAAUAUGAUUUUAAAACAUAAUCUUCCUAGCAUUUCCCUACUUUUUUUUAAGACAGAAGAGCUAAUUACCUUCCUAAAUUUGGAGAAACAUAUUAUUAUUCUCAUUCUUUCUCUAGAAAAAUAACCGUAUAGGCCAAUAUAGGAAAGUAAUGGAAUCAUCAAAUUUAAUGUUAAAAUAGCAUGAUGAACUUUUGUUUUUCAAAUUAUAUAUAUUGCUUGAGCAUUGUAUGUCAAUAUAACUAAUUUUCCUUUCAAAUUAAGUUCUCUUUGUACCCUCACGAUACUUGUUCUUCUUGACCCUGGUUAGUUAUACACGUUCACACUAACCUAACGUUUUCUUUCUGUAUUUUUUUUAUUUUGUUGUGAAAUGGAGACUUGAGACUCUUCAUAAAUUCUCUACCACCUCAUAUUUUUUGUCCAAUAUUUUAAAAUAUUAGCAUGAAAAUUCACAUUAACUUGUGAAGUGUCAAAAGGUCCAUAAAAAAAUUUUAGUUUAAGAUAAUCUCCGUAGAAUAUCUCUUUUUGUUCUUUAAUUAGGUCAACCAUUUGAGUUAGAGGCACAUAUGCAACCACCGCUACCCAUAUUUAUAUGCAACCACCGCCACCCAUAUUUUUAGUUUUUAGACUAAAUUCUGACCAUUAAUCUAAAUUCUGCCCCGGCCCAAAAAUACAGCCGAGCAUGUAGGGUUUAGAAAUUGAUGGAUGUACCACCUAUUUGCUUUAUUCAUGGUUAUGACAUAGUCAUGGACCUAAAAUCUUGAGUUUCCCAUCAGAGCAGUUAAGUUGACGCGUUGAAAACACGUUCUGUUUCUGAUAUAUUUCCAUUAGGUGGAUAUUUGUGAACAAGAGUUGGCCACGAAUGCCGCCGCUUGCAGCCUGUUUCCGGCAUCUCUAUCUCCGCGGAGACUGCUCAGCAGCAGCGGUCGGAAGAACCAUGCUUACCAAAAGCUGCCCCAGGAGCCGCUUACGCUCUUCGUCAUCAAAUUGGAUGGUUCUAGCUUUGGCAGAGAUUCAAGUUUCGAAGACGGCGACCGUGGCCGAACUGAACGAGGCAGUGAAAGAUGUUUUUAGUCAGUCGUCGAUAGAUGAAAUGAUUUCAUGGUCACAUGUGUGGGGUAAUUUUUGCUUAUGCUAUGAAGGUCAGAAGCUACUCGAUUACAAAGCAUUAAUCCGACCUUUUGGAAUCAAAGAUGGCGAUAAGAUAUUUUUUGUUCGACAUGCUUCAAUAAUUAAGUAUGAGCGAGAAAAGCGGCGGAUAGGGUUGUGGAGGAAAAGGAUAUGUGACAUCUCUACUUAUGAACAGCUGGUGAAGUUGUGAUGAUGAUGAAUGACAAUCACACAUGAAUAAUUUGUAUGCAUGCAUGCAUGCAAUAUUAGGGUUUGUAGACGAAUGCUUCCACUUGAGAAAUCCGAUUCUUUCAUUUUUUUAUUAAGGCAUGUGCGUUGUUUAUAGUUGUAUAUAGCAAGAAUCACAGGGAACUUGUUAGUUAAAAUCAUGUGUACAGCCCAAUGAACAACCAGCAGAGAAUUGUAAAUUGUUGAAAUAUUUCAUGGAUCGAUUACGAAAACUGAAAUCGAGGUUACUAGAUCUCCAGAUGAUCAGCUUCAGUUUGAAAUCCGACUCUGCAGAGAGCAUAUAUGUACACCUAUAGGAAGGUGCAGCAUGACUAAGAGAGGAGAGGAUGCAGAUGAAAGCCAGGGCUUUAUGUAUCGAAAUGGUAGAUCAUAAGAGGAUUAUAUCUGUCUUCAUCUGUAUGUUUACAGCAAGUUUCAAUAAAUUUUAAUGUAAGAGAGAAUAAAAAAGUUGAAAUUUCCAGAAGUUUUUUAUUGUAAUGCCAUGUGGUAUUACAAAUC